AUGAGUAGGCUGUUGUGAAAGUAGCCCAUGUGAUGACAAAACCUGGGGGUGGAUGUGGGUAAAGGUCUUAGAAGAAUGUGCUCAAGCCCUAAAAUUAUUGAACUCGAUACCGAUUGGUGAAGGCCAAGGGGAACAUGUUUUGCUGUUGUUCCAGCUUGUGCUGAACUUGGCUGCAGCACUGCACCAAACCUCAGUUAAAUAUUGUCCUGGGGAUAUGGUGGUGAGUUGAAAAGGCAGACAACAGGAGCCGCAGAGUGUGUGUGUUUUUUUUUGGCAGAGAGAACAUGGGCAGGUAAUCGGGUCUGUGUUUAUUCUCCCUCAUGUACAGAGACGCAGUGCGUGGCGUGUCACUCCUUAGCGGCGCUGAACACCCGCCGGUCUGCAUUCAACACACUGUGGGGAUUCACUCAGUCACUUGGCAGCAUUGCAGCCGCGGGAAUUAGAGCGCUCGCUGUUUACACCAGGUAUCCUGGCUUUAUUUCUCCUGCUGCGAAACGGUAAAAUCGGAUCUGCCACUGGAUCCAGUUUAAGAGUGGGGAACUUGUGAGUUGACCGGAGCAUGGCGGAGCCCAGCACUACCCUUCCCUCCGUAUCAUUCACAUCCCUCGGACCAGGCAACAGCACCUACUGUAAAGUCAAUAAAGGCUUCACAUCGAAGUUCCUGCCCACCGUCUACACCAUCGUGUUUAUACUGGGCUUCCUGGGGAAUUGCUGGGUGCUGGGAGCCAUGUGCUUGAGCCGGAGGAAAUUCACCAGCAUCACCGUGUUCCUGUUUAACCUGGGCCUGGCUGACCUCCUGUAUGUCAUCACUUUGCCCUUCCUGGUGGUGUACUACGCCAAUGGACACCGCUGGACGUUCGGGAAAGCGUUUUGCAAAAUGACGAGGCUCCUCUUCCACCUGAACCUGUACGGCAGCAUCGGAUUCCUCACUUGUAUCAGUGUGCAGCGAUACCUGGGCAUAGUGCACCCCAUGAAGGUGCUGGGCAGGUGGAACCGCCGCCGCUCGCUGCUCAUCAGCCUCCUGGUCUGGGGGCUGGUUCUAGCCCAAACCUCGGCCGAUCUCCAUUUCACCAAGACCAACUUCAAUGACACCAAAUGCCAGGACAGUGCCUCGGUAAAAGAGCUGGGGGAGUACACGAAGUACAAUCUCGCCUUGACCGUGAUGGCUUUCGUCCUCCCUUUCCUCAUCAUUGUUGGCUGUUACAGCCGCGUUGUUCUGGUUCUGAUCCGCAACAAGAACGUGGAGCGAGGCUUGCGGCAGCGCUGCCUGAAACUGGUGCUGAUCGUCACCGCCUUGUUUUCCCUUUGCUUCGCUCCUUAUCACCUCCUGAGAAACGCGAACCUGAUCUCGAGGCACUUCCAACUCCAGGGCCAGUGCAUCCAAACCUUCAAAAACAUUUAUCUGGGUUACCAAGUGGCCAGAGCCCUGGCCAGUUUGAACAGCAUCUUUAACCCACUUGUUUAUGUUCUGGCUGGAGACGAUAUGAAGUUACGAGUGGAAAAGCUCGGAAAAGCUGCGCGUUCGUUGUCCUCAACACCUGCCGUCCAGCGAGCUCAAUCCGAAAAGAACUUACUUAAUAACCUUUAAGUACUAAAGCACCUCAUCGCAUACUACCAAAUGUUCAGAAAUAUACCAAAAGGAGAAAGUGAGGACUGCAGACACUGGAG